CAGUCGGUUUGUAUCCAUAGCCAACUCUAUCCUAUCCAAGUCAAGGUUUGUGGGAGGUUUAAACCUACUAGUCUACUUUGUAAUACCGUUUUGGUGAGCUUUCAACUGGAAGCAACAGCUAAUUAUAGCGAGAGUAGUUUACUGCAAGAAGCUUCAGUUUCGCGGUGUUGGUCGGGCUACUCAUUAUAGGAAUUAACGAAGAAGACGCAAGACGCUCCUUAGAUUUCACCGACGCAUAAAGGAGAACAUCUUUAUUUUUCCUUGGCCUGAAAGGAAGACUUGUAUUUGUAGACUAACGCCUACUAAUAGAAGACAGCCUCCUUCGCAGUGUUUCGGGAAGUUUGGGUUGUAAAAUACGCCUGUGGGUCAUUUUAUUUAGGCUAAGAUUUACCAGUGGGAUUGGAGUGUAUUUCCUCUCUUGCUUUUCAAUGCUUUGUGAGAACGGGUGGUCGUCUACCGUAAAAACGUACGGCUAUUGAUAACGGAGAUAAGUGAAGAGUGCGCUCCCACGUGACCUCUAGAUGCCGGGCAUAAACUCCACCACCGCCCCUCACUAUGAGUCCGGCUGGGAGAUGGAGUACGACCACUAUCAACAUUACUUCUACGACGACCACGAUCCGGAUGAGGAUUUCUUUAAAUCCACUGCGCCCAGCGAGGACAUUUGGAAGAAAUUCGAGCUAGUACCGACCCCGCCCAUGUCCCCUAUCCGGACUUUAGAGGGGGCAGCCGGGGUCGGGAUGGUCUACCCUUCGCUGGGGGACAAACUCGAGUGGGUGUCCCAGUUUUUGGGUCAAGAGGACGACCAGGAUGUGCCGUGUAAAUUCAGUUCCGCCGACGAGGCUUUGGGAAACCUGAGCUCCAUUAUCAUCCAGGACUGCAUGUGGAGCAGCUUCUCGGCGGGCAAACAGCUGGAGAAAGUUAUCGGGGAGCGACAUGUUUCCUGUCCCGGGUCGGGGUCGACCAAACCGGCCCUGCAGCAGGUGGGAGCUGGCAUCAACACCACGGGGAGGGCGCAGUGUGUGACGAUACCCAUGGACGCUCCGGUCCUCAGUAGCUUGGCAACGGAUUGCGUGGACCCGGGUGCUGUUCUCACCUUCCCCCUGACCGGGGGACCGUUCAAGAAACCUGCGGUGUCCUCCUGUUCGGAAUCCCCCACAGAGUCAUCAGAUGAUGAAUCUAGUGACGAUGAGGACGAAGAGGAGAUUGAUGUGGUGACUGUGGAACACAAGCAGUACAAGCCCCGGCGGCUGGCCAACGGCAGGCUGAACGGGCGGACGCCGGUGACCAUCACGGUCGGAGCGGACCCUGUGGACCCAUGUAUGAAACACUUCCACAUCUCUAUCCACCAACAGCAGCAUAACUACGCAGCUCCUUCCCCAGACACACACAAACAUCCCGAGCCACCCAGGAAGAGAGUCCGACACGAGCCCCUAAACUCUUCUCAUAACUUCUCAAACUCAUCUCACCCCAAGCCACACCCAGGCCCCGCCUCAACCAAUCAGAACCCUGAGAGCAAACCACCUCACGUCGCAGUGGCAACGGCCGGUUCGGAGUCACCUGACGCCAACACACUCAUCCUUGCCUCCUCCCCCUCGAACUCUCUCCCAUCCUCCUCCCACCGCCACCUCUCCUCCUUGAAGUCCUGCUCCCACCCCUGCAGCCCCCAGUCCUCCGACUGUGAGGACACGGACAAACGCAAGACUCACAACUUCCUGGAACGUAAACGGCGCAAUGACCUGCGCUCUCGUUUCCUGGCGCUGCGGGACAACAUCCCUGGCUUGGCAGAGUGCCCCAAGACACCCAAGGUGGCCAUCCUGACACGUGCCACUGAGUACCUGGCGCAGCUGCAUUCUAGCGAGCGCCAGCGGGCGCAGGAGAAACGUCAGCUGAAGGCCAGGCAGCAGCAGCUACUCCGCAGGUUGGCACAGCUCAAACAAUGCCCCUGAACUGACUGGCAUACUGACUGGCAGGCUGGCAAAGCUCAAACAACAUCCCUGAACUGACUGGCAUACUGACUGGCAGCGACCUCUAGUCGACAGAAACCAGGACUCUCAUUAACUGGCAGGCUUGCAGGGAGAGAAGCCCAAGUUGUAUGCUUUGCUGAACCCUAUAUUAUAAACCAGGACUGAGUCAAAACCAGGGACGGAUCUCAAGCCUAUAUUAUUAAACCAGGACUGAGUCAAAACCAGGGACGGAUCUCAAGCCUAUAUUAUUAAACCAGGACUGAGUCAAAACCAGGGACGGAUCUCAAGCCUAUAUUAUUAAACCAGGACUGAGUCAAAACCAGGGACGGAUCUCAAGCCUAUAUUAUUAAACCUGGAUGGAGUCAAAACCAGGGACGGAUCUCAAGCCUAUAUUAUUAAACCAGGACUGAAUCAAAACCAGGGACGGAUCUCAAGCCUAUAUUAUUAAACCAGGACUGAGUCAAAACCAGGGACGGAUUUGAGAGGAUUUUCUUGCUCUCGUUGGCCCAAUCUCAAAUGGAUCCCUUUGCCCCUAUUCGUAGGAAAGCGGUUCAAGAUCUGCAAGGACAACAACGAUCAAGGGAAAGGACAUAGUGGGUUUAGUGUUGGGAUGGGGUUGUGAACUCCCAGACACACACACACAGACACAGGAUGAGAUUAAGGAGCGAAGACACGAACGGUCACUUUGUGGGGUAGGGAAGUGGGUUAUAAUGUUGGGGUUCUGUUGUUUUGCACAUGUGCUUCAGAGUGAUUGACAGAGCAAUCAUCUCGUCAGGAACGACAGUAACCUGAUGUCACGUGAUCAUAGUUUUGUUAUUUGGAGGGGGGGGGGGUUCUGGGCUGGCAUUUUAUCUCUCUGUUAUAUCUACCAAAUUAAUAAAGUAUGUAAAUAUUUUAAGUCGUGCUUCCCGAUUGGAAGAUUAUUUGUUAAUGAGAAGUUAUCAUGCCAAGUAGGCGGUGUGAGAUUUGGCGGUGUGAGAUUUGAUUGUAUGCAUGUGUAAAGAAGAUUAUCCCUCGCUACGGCAACACCGGCUCAGAUGGAGUUGAUGUUGACAUGAGAACAUCUUGAAAAAUAGUCCUAAACUAAAUACAUUUUUGAUCAACUCUGAAACACAACAAUAUCUUUAUACUUUCAGUGCCAUUUUGAAACCAGUCAGUGACUAAUGGAUUUUUUUUUUUAUAUUGAUCAAAAUGUUAGCCAUUGCAAACAAUGGCAGUUCAUUUGAAACGGACAGGAAAUGGAACAUCUGCUUGUCCAUGUUAACGUUGCCCCUAUAAUAUUUGCCAACCUUAUUUCCUGUUAUUGUCUAAGACUGUAUGGUCCAUCGAUUGUGCAUUGUGUUCAGAACAGCCUGUGUUUUGUGUGUGUGUGUGUGUGUGUGUGUUUGCAUGUCUCCUUCUGUGUGUUACAUAUGAGUAUCCUUCUAUACAGUCCCUAAUGAACCAAAACCAGAGCUUUCAGAUUUAAUUCUAUUUUCUUUCCUGUUUCCUGUCACUGGCUUAACUCAAAUUUCAAAAUGCUUUUCUUUUUUUUGUUAGUAAAAAGGUGAAGUAAAUAAACAUUCAAAUAAUAACACGAUUGAAACGUUACUUUGAUCACACUUGCCACUUUGUGACGCUGUUCUCAAUGCCUGUUUUUCUUUACAGUUCUAAUUUAUUUUUUUGUUGAUUUGUACAAAAGGUCAGAGUUUUGUACUAUAUUUUCCUACAGAGUGUUUUUUGUUGUUGUGAGCUGAUGUGGUUGGUAUGGCUGUUAUGUGCUGCCCCUCACUCUUUUCCUCCCCCCUCCCGGUCUCUCUCACCCUUCCCUGCUCAAACUAAUCACUAUCUAGCCCGCACUUUCUAAAAUCUCACAAUAGGGCACCUAAGAGGAUGUAGUUCUUAAAGGCCUUGGCCGGUCGGUGCGUAGCCUGAAGUGAACCCACUGUCUCAGCCCCUCCCUCCCUCACCCACAGGGAACCCACUGUCUCAGCCCCUCCCUCCCUCACCCACAGGGAACCCACUGUCUCAGCCACUCACCCCUAGGGUACCCACUGUCUCAGCUCCUCCCUCCCUCACCCACAGGGAACCCACUGUCUCAGCCCCUCCCUCACCCACAGGGAACCCACUGUCUCAGCCACUCACCCCUAGGGUACCCACUGUCUCAGCUCCUCCCUCCCUCACCUCUAGUGAACCCACUGACUCAGCCCCUCCCUCCCUCACCCCUAGUGAACCCACUGUCUCAGCCCUAUCCUCCCUCCCUCACCCGUAGUGAACCCACUGUCUCAGCCCCUCCCUCCCUCACCCGUAGUGAACCCACUGUCUCAGCCCCUCCCUCACCCCUAGUGAACCCACUGUCUCAGCCCCUCCCUCCCUCACCCGUAGUGAACCCACUGUCUCAGCCCCUCCCUCCCUCACCCGUAGUGAACCCACUGUCUCAGCCCCUCCCUCCCUCACCCGUAGUGAACCCACUGUCUCAGCCCCUCCCUCACCUCUAGUGAACCCACUGUCUCAGCCCCUCCCACCAGCUGUAUCACAGCAUGUUAGUUAACUCUGGGGGUGAUUAGUUGAAGCCAUAGCAACAGAGAAGCUCUGAAACUACGGUUGUGUGCCAAAUGGUUCCCUAUAUAGUAAUCCACUACUGACUAGAACCCUAUGGGCCCUAAUCCAUUUAUAGUGCACGCCCCAAGAACUCUAUGGGCCCUGGUACAAAAAAAAUAUUGUACAAUGUAGGGAAUAGGGUGCCACAGGAGAUGAGUACUCAUCCUGUAGUGUAACAGACUUGCUGAUGUAUUUUUAAUAUAGCCUACUCAGUGGCCUGUCAUCAUCCUUGUUACAGAGAGAGAGAGAGAUCUCAGGAUUACCUCGGUAGGAGCGCUGAUCUAGGAUCAGUUUUGGCAUCUAGAUAAAACAAUAAUAAUAAGAUUAGAAAUGGACAGAUUCUAGAUCAAGCACUCCUACUCUCAGAUGUGUUGUGGAUAUGGGCCCAGGGAGCGAGAGGAUUAGAUUGGGUGGCAACUAUUUUUGUUUUGUUUUGGGCAGCCUGGUUUCAGAAGGUGAGCUGCUACUAAUGUUAACCCGGAAAGCUUGGAUUACUCCCUCUGUCUCCCACAGAGUAGCGAGGGCGAGCGUAGAGCGGAACGACGGAGAGGGUGAGAUAGUAGGGGAAAGGGCAGGAGAGAGAGAGAGCGAGAGAGAGCAAAACUAGAGUAUCUCUUCACUUUCACUACUUUCUUCAUCUGUUCUUUCAGCACAUACCAUCCGUAGCCUGUAUUUAUCUCUUGUAACGCAAGGUCUAUUAGCGCCGCCUCAGGAUUGGCUGUAGCCCAUUGUAGUUUUGAUUUGUCACUGGUCUCUGUGUGUUAGACACAGUCAUUUUGGCAGUGGGCCAUACUACACUUCACUCUGGGAAUUCUAAUAUGGUGGCAGCCUUGUCUCAAGCACUUUGUUUUCAGUACCUCAAGCCUAUAUGUACAGGGAGAAUCAGACCAAUGUAAUAAAUUCAAAACAUCA